AUGUUCCCUCUUUUUAGAAAGAACUCCUCCAGCAAUCUCAGCACAAAGCUGUGUCUUCUACUCCUCCUUUCAGAAUGUACAGCAGCCUGGGCCUUGCCUUUUUUUUCCACCAACGCGCCUAGCUCUUUGGACGAGCAAGAUCGAUGGCUGUCCACCCCUUCCGAAGUGAUCCACCGAAGCUUUCGCCCAACGCCCCCAGCCCCAAACUCCGACAAUAGAGCCCAAAGAGACCGAGUCCUAAUUCUAACUCCAUUGAAAGAUGCCUCAUUCCAUCUCCCACAUCACUUCGCCCUUCUCUCAAAUCUCACCUACCCUCACCACCUCAUCGAUCUGGGAUUCAUCAUUGGAGACACCGUCGAUGACACCCGGGCUGUACUGGAUGCUGAACUCGACAAGAUUGAGAGCGGUAAGCAAGAUAAGGCCUUCAACAGCUGCACUACAGUUCUCCAAAACCUUGGCGAUGUGGCUUCGCAGGAAGUAGCUGCGAGACAUGGCUUUGCGGCGCAAGUGGAUAGGCGGAAGAAAAUAGCUAUUGUGCGGAAUACGCUACUCCAGAAGACGCUAAAGUCAACGCAUGACUGGGUCUAUUGGAGGGAUGUUGACAUUGCUGAGAGUCCUGAUGGGAUGUUGGAGGAUUUAAUAGCUCAUGAUAAGGAUGUCCUCGUUCCCAAUGUCUGGUUCCGUCGCCAGCAAAAAGGCAGUCUAAUCGAAGGUGGAUACGACUACAACUCCUGGCAGGAAACUCCCCAAAGCGAAGCCUUCAAAGAGCGUCUAGAUACCGAGGUCAUAGUGUUCGAAGGCUAUUCGCAGUUCAAGACCCGCCGCCGACACUUGGCCAAACUUGGCGACUGGCGCAACAACGCCGCACUGGAAAUCCCACUCGACGGCGUUGGGGGAGUCAGCCUUCUAAUCCGAGCAGAAGUUCAUCGCAAAGGUAUCCUUCCAAAGUUCCUCGCCCGCUCCUUCAUUCCUCCCUUUACUUUUUUCGUGACUGAUCAAACAGGCAUCGACUUCCCCAUCAAACCAGUAGACCACCAGAUUGAAACCGAAGGACUUGCAAGAAUGGCGAAAAUUGCCGGGUAUGGGGUUUACGGUCUCCCAAAUUACGUGAUUUGGCAUUUCGACACGUCAGAGAAAGAGGGCAAUCUUCACGAGACACCUGCAUGGCUUUGGCCGUUGCUGGGGAUUGUGGCUGUAGCUGUGAUAGUGCUAGGCUUAAGAUACAGGAAGUGGAGUCUGUAUCAGAUGCCGGAACUGCGACAACUCGGUUUUGCGCGAUCGGCGAAGGUGCGACAGUACUGA